CCUGCAUGAGCACUCCGUGUGGAUCGCAUGGCACAUGUGUAGCUACGGUUGACAGCUACUGGUGUGACUGUGAAACUGGAUGGACGGGGCCACUUUGUGAACAAGAAGAAAACGAGUGUCUGUCUUCUCCGUGUCAGUCUGACGAGGAAUGUGUCGGCACUCAAGGAAGUUUCUCCUGUACGAAAUAUUGUCCCAGUGGUUGGAUGUACUAUGGAGGAUCUUGUUACCUGCUCGAGAAAGAUAAAGUAGACAAAAAUGCAGCAGAGUGGUCAUGUGCUAGUUGGGACAAUGGUCAUAUAUUCGAUGUUAACAACGCUGCAGAGUGGGAGGCAAUUAAAACAUACUUCUACGAACAAUACAACAGCGAUGUUGAUACAAUUAACGGCGUGUGGAUGUCUGUGCAGGACUUUGAUGUGGAAGGGGUAUACAAAUUAUCUGAUGGAAGCCCAGUUGAGUUCACAGACUGGCAAGACGGUCAACCAGAUAAUUAUGCGGACAAUGACGACUGUGUCAAUGGAUGGAUAGGAAUACAGCUUCAGUGGAACGACAUUAACUGUGAAGCACGAUUUUGGUUCAUAUGCGAGUAUGAACUUAACCCUUAAAUAACUAUUUGUGUGAUAAAGUCAUAUUAUAUCUGAUAUACGA